AUGAGUCGGCCAGCUUCGCCUUCGCUGCUUUACAGUCUCCGGCAGGCUCAAGCGCGGAUUUUCAACACCAAUCCGCCAGGUCCGCCGUCGAAUCCGGCGCUCCGAACGGGGAGCAAGGUCCUCAAGAAGCGCCUCGUCGGCCCCUCCAUGUUGCAGUACUACCCACCGAGCCUCAAUCUCCGUUCUGUCUUGCGCAUUGCACCGAAUGCACUGAGACCCGAGGACGUGGAUCCAGUGACACGACUAAUCGAUCCGCGAGAGGUGCAGAGAUUAAAGGAUGUAGAGAGAAAGAAGAUGCUGGGAAAAGGACCGCCAAAGAAGGGCGAGGGCAGAAGAGCGGCCAUGAAAGGCGGAAAGCGAAAGUGA